CACUGUCGGCAGCCGGGGAAAGGCAGCAGACAAAAAACUUCACAUCUUGAGCUUUAAAGCCCUGUGCUGGAGAAUGGACUAGGGGGUGGGACCCCUGGGUUGGUGCAGGCUUAUUGGUAGGCAGCCUGCUGCUCUCUUGAUGGAUUGACUUCAGAUGGAUCAAAUUACACCAUUUGCUGUGCAUUAGUUUGUUUUUCUCCUGGCGUGCCUCUGACUUGCAGGAGUUGGGAGUUUGUGCGUUUGCUGUUCGGAGGGAUUAUAGGCAGGAAAACAACUUUUGGGAAUAUUUGGGUGACAUAUGAGGUAGCUUCCAUUUAGUGAAAGCAAGACCCCCUGUGGCCAGCAUGAGGCUAUGUAGUAGAGAGUUUUCCUCCUUCAUGGUGCCCUUCUUCCUGUUGAUGACCUGCCCAACAGCAGCGGUCAGUUUCCCGGAAGAUGAUGAACCCAUUAACACCAUUGAGUUCCACCAUUCCAGACAAUAUCCGAUAUUCAGAGGACGGCUUUUAGGAAACGAGUCUUUGCAUAGAUUGGACUAUCAGCUAAUGCUGAAAAUCGAAGAUAUACUGUAUAUUGCUGGCAGGGACCAAGUCUAUGCUAUUAAUUUAAACGAUCCUCCAAGGGGAGAAAUAAUUUCCAGCAAAAAACUAACCUGGAAAUCAAGACAAGAAGACCGAAACAACUGUGCUAUGAAGGGCAAACACAAAGAUGAAUGCCACAAUUUUAUCAAAGUCUUUGUCCCCAAAUCUGAUGGCACUGUUUUUGUCUGUGGCACAAACGCUUUUAACCCUGUGUGCAGAUACUAUCGGUUGGAUACUUUGGAUUAUAAUGGUGAAGAAGUCAGUGGAUUGGCACGAUGCCCAUUUGAUGCCAAGCAAACCAAUGUUGCCCUCUUUGCUGACAAUAAAUUGUACUCAGCAACAGUCGCAGAUUUCCUAGCAAGCGAUGCGGUCAUCUACCGUAGUAUGGGGGAUGGAUCAGCUCUGAGGACAAUUAAAUAUGAUUCAAAAUGGAUCAAAGAGCCUCACUUCCUACAUGCUGUUGAAUAUGAAAACUACGUGUAUUUCUUCUUCAGAGAGAUAGCUGUUGAACACAACAAUCUUGGAAAGGCUGUUUAUUCCCGUGUUGCUAGAAUUUGCAAGAAUGACAUGGGAGGAUCGCAACGAGUGCUGGAGAAACACUGGACAUCAUUUCUGAAAGCUCGUUUAAACUGCUCAGUUCCUGGAGAUUCGUUCUUCUACUUUGAUGUGUUACAGUCUGUCACAGACAUCACAGAAAUUAAUGGGUCCCCAGUAAUUGUUGGAGUAUUUACAACCCAGUUAAACAGCAUCCCUGGAUCCGCAGUGUGUGCCUUCAACAUGGAAGAUAUUGAAAAAUCAUUCAAAGGAAGAUUUAAAGAGCAAAAGACCCCAGACUCUGUUUGGACAGCUGUACCAGAAGAUAGGGUGCCAAAUCCAAGACCUGGUUGCUGUGCAGGAGAUGGUCCGGCAGAGUCUUACAAAGUUUCGAUUGAUUUCCCUGAUGAAACACUCUCCUUCAUCAAAUCACAUCCACUUAUGGAUUCCGCUGUUCCCUCACUCAUAGAGGAGCCCUGGUUCACUAAGACAAGAGUCAGAUACCGUCUGACAGCAAUUGCUAUCGAUAAUGCUGCAGGCCCACGUCAGAACUACACCGUUACCUUUAUCGGUUCAGAAGCUGGCAUGGUGCUUAAAGUGUUAACAAAAACCAGUCCCCGUUCUCUCAACGACAGCAUAUUAUUGGAGGAAAUGGAUGUUUUUAACCCUUUAAAGUGUAACACUGCGAGCGAAGAUGACAGGAAGGUGCUGGGUUUACAGAUUGACAAAGAUCAUCAUGCCUUGUUUGUGGCCUUCUCCAGCUGUGUCAUCCGUGUCCCGCUCAGUCACUGUGAACAUUACGGCACAUGCAAAAAAGCCUGCAUUGGUUCACGGGAUCCAUACUGUGCCUGGUUGGAAAAUAAAUCUUGUGGAGUUGUGAAGCCUGGUAUAAACACCGUUUUUGAACAAGAUGUAGAGUUUGGCAACACAGCGCAUCUUGGAGAUUGUCAUGAAAUCUUGGCCACCACACCAGAUUACAAAACAUUUGGUGAUCCGACAUCUGACCCUGAUGUAUCGGCAGUCUCUGUUUCAACGGGUGCAAGUGACCCAGUAGUAUCUCCAAACGUGAUUGGUUCACGAAAAGUUGCAGUGCAAGAUGAUAUGAACACUUAUGAUUAUUUUGAACCAUUAUCUGCUGUCCCUGAUGGUGUACGAUGGGAGGUGCAGUCUGGAGAGUCUAACCAGAUGGUUCAUAUGAACGUUCUGAUCACCUGCGUUCUCGCUGCAUUUGUUCUGGGAGCCUUCAUUUCUGGCAUAGCCGUGUACUGUCACCGUGAUGCUUACCUCCGCAAAGCUAGAAAGAUGAACAAGGAUGCAGAGUCUGCACAGUCGUGCACUGAUUCGAGUGGAAGCUUCACCAAGUUCAAUGGACUGUUUGACAGUCCAGUCAAGGAGUAUCCACAAAAUAUUGACACACCGAAGCUUUAUACCAAUCUGCUCACCAACAGCAAAGAGCUGGCACCCAGCGGUGAUGCAAAGUCCAUGAUCGUAGACAGCCAUGGGCAACCACCAGAGCUGGCAGCACUGCCAACUCCCGAGUCCACACCUGUACUACAACAGAAAAGCAUUCAACCGAUCAAGAACCAGUGGGAGAAAGCCCAGAACAAUAUAAAUGCAGCAAGGAAAGAAUCACCUCUAAAAAGCCCUCAGAUUAUUCCGUCCAGUCCUCCUCCCCACUCGCCUAUAAACCAUAGUGGUCAAAUACCCAGUGCAGUGGUACUUCCCAAUGCCACUCAUGCCUACAACAUGUCUUUCUCCAAUUCUAACGCACACAAAGCUGAAAGAAAAGUGCAGAACAUAGAAAUGUCAAUUACAGGUCAUUCAAGUAAAAAAGAACAGCGAAGAGCUAUUGAGGCAAGAAACACGCUAAAUGACCUUCUGAAACAUCUCAAUGAAAGUGGGAGCACCAACCCUAAGGCUAUUUUGGGAGAUGUGCCUAUGACUCGUCAAAAUCUAAUGUUAGACCCAAUGACCAAAAUAGUUGAAAUACCACCCAAGGUUCCAAACAGAGAGGCCUCGCUAUAUUCCCCUUCGUCUACUCUCCCAAGACACAGCCCGACUAAGAGGGUGGAUGUUCCAACAACUUCAAAUAUCCAGCUGUCAAGUUUAGAAAGAGAGCGGGGCAACCCAAGAAAUUCUUCACAGAGGCAUUCAAUAUCCGUUCUCCCCAAGAAUGUUAUCAGUUCAUUAAAUGGAGCUGUCUUGUCACGACAUCCCAGUUUUACCAGGGGAGCCUAUUUCCCCCCUGCACCCCCCAUGAGGAUGGAUUCUGUACAUGGUACUCCCCUUGUUAUACAACCACAACCUGGCUCUUUGUCCCGUCAGAGCAGUUACACAAGCAACGGUACUCUGCCCCGAUCAGGAAUAAAGAGAACACCGUCCAUUAAACCAGAUGUGCCACCAAAGCCAUCAUUUGGUCAACCCACAACUCCAGUCAAACCACUACACAAGUACAGUUACUAACAGGACAGUCAGCUACAAAGCAGUGUCCAUUUCUCAGCUAAGGUGAUGUGGGAGGACUUGGAGAUCAAUAUUGCUUAAAGCUACCAGUGACAAUGCUCUGAUAGAUUCUCAAACAAGUGGCCAAAGUAGCUACAAUUCCUCAAGUGGCAUCUUUAAUGAAAGACUGAAGGCAGGACUGCUCUCCUGCUGUACGAACAAGAUGCUGUGUAGCACAGAAUGUAUUACUGUUAAGGUUUGGAGCCUUAGAGAAGUGCAACAUGGAAUUUAUCCUGUGAAAUUUGUUAAAAGCAUCAACAUACAAGGAAAUACUUGAACAAUGGUUCAAUUUCACUGCUGUUGAGCAUCGUCUUCCCAUUAAAUGUGAACACUCAAUGACAGAACCCACAUUUUGUCUUGUUGCUUGCACAGAUAUUUCAUGACUUUUCAUAAAUUUCCUGAUUUCGUCAACUGUGCUUUGGUUUGACAAAAUGCCACGGUAGCCCAAUUGUAGCAAGGACAAAUACUUUGUGGCAUUCCCUCAGAACGUCACAGAUAAAUGCUGUGAGCUACACAGACUAGGAUGCACUUAAUGGUUCUUGUUAUAGCUGUUAUGCUGUGUUGCCUGAUAUACUGAGCACGACUGAACUGGGAAGUUGACCCGAACCUUCCUGUCCUAUUACAGAUUUACUUGGACCACAUCACUGUGUUGAACGCAGCCACCUGUCUACGGCCACUUUCGUUUUGAUGUGUCCUUAGCUUAACCAAAUGUAACAUCCAUUGCAUUCAACACUUACACCAAUAAUUGUAAAUCCAUGCAGUCAGUUUAUCUUGCAAUCUGUAGACGAGGGGCUGCUGUGCCACAGAGAUGGGCAGCGUAAAGAUAGUGCAAUCACUUUGUUAAGGAGUGUUUAAAUGUGAUUAAUAGGGCAUCAUGAAGAGUCAUGCAGGUAAUGACACUAUUCUGUAAAUAGCGUAUCUGUGUUCACCUGGAUUCUGUGCAUUUUGUGCCUUAUUCAAUAAGCAUUAUCAUUGAUAUUGAAAUCUUGUCAAGCGUUCUCAAACAGAAAAGCUGCUUUUCAGUGUGCCGGUUGUAUUUUAGUUUGAAAUGACUAUUCAUAUAAAAUCAAAUCCAUCACAUUACAGCCUAAAAUGUAAAGGCAACCAUUGGCGAGGGGUCAUUUAAUUAAAAGGUGGAAGAAAUGACAAGCAGUCAAAAUCUUGUCUCAUCCCAAUAUUGAUAAACAUUCCACUGUGCAGUUUUUGAGAAGAACAAAGGACAUGUUUUUAAAAAAAACUAGCAUUAAUUGAGCCAGAUUUAUUUAAAGAUGACACACUAGCUUAGUAUGUGCAAUAUACUAAGUAUGUGGAAGCACCAACAAUGUACAGGUAACUCAUGCUUAUUGACAUUAACCAGAAGGGUCAACCCAUACAGCUGAAAUACUAAUGGUGUCAAAUGAAAGGGAGAGGUGUCAAGGUUAAAGUGGAUCAGUUCGUUCACAGUAAUCAAAUCUACAUGAUGCUGCAGAAUCCUUUUCUAGUCAGUGGACAAAGUGUACAUUUGUAUAUUGUCAGAGUUAAAACAAUAGUAAUUUUGCACCAGCUCGACCUAAAGAUUAAAAAAAAAUUCCAAAUCAGUUAAACAACACUGCACUGUCUAUUGCAGUUUGAGCCCACGCUCAGUCUUACAUUUGCCAUUUUCAGUUUCCUAUAUUGCCUUUACAUUUGAAUACACCAAUACAUUCUCCAUUAGUGUUCAGGUAGACCCAGAUCAUUUCUCUUUAUGGUGCAUUGGCAAGCAAACCCAGAAAAGAAAAAAAAUGUUGUUGUUGUAUAAUGUCCUUUGAAGUAACAUGUAUAGAAAACCCUUGUAAACUUGUACUGUGGAAGUGUACAUAACAACGUAUGUUUUGUUUUUAACACCGCAUGUAAAGUCAAAAUAAAAGAAUCAAAUGGAAUAUUUAA